UAUAAUGAUGUUGACUUAUAUUUUCUCUGUUUGCUUCCUUCUCCUCCAUCUUUAACUGGGUCUGCUCUGUUUUUUUUCCUUUCUUCCUUUCUUUUGAAGGUCCCUCUGUUUUCUUCGAUUUCACUGUUGGCUGUAACCGAGAAAAAGAAGAGGAGCCAUGGCUGCUGCUGAUCGCGUGAUCACUCGCGUCCACAGCAUCAAGGAGCGAUUCGAUGGCACACUCGCUGGCAACCGGAACGAGCUCGUCUCUUUGCUCUCCAGGAUCGAGGCAAAGGGAAAGGGGAUUCUCCAGCACCACCAGAUCAUUGCGGAAUUCGAAGCCAUCCGUGAAGAAAACCAGAAGGUUCUCCAGGAAGGCGCGUUCGCUGAGGUUCUCAGAUCCGCACAGGAAGCGAUCGUGCUGCCGCCCUGGGUUGCUCUGGCGGUGCGCCCCAGGCCGGGCGUCUGGGAGUACUUUAGGGUCAAUCUCCAUGCUCUGGUUGUUGAGGAGCUCACUGUUCCUGAGUACCUUCACUUCAAGGAAGAGCUCGUUGAUGGAACUGCUAAUGGAAAUUUCGUGCUGGAACUGGACUUCGAGCCGUUCAACGCCUCUUUCCCUCGCUCGACCCUCUCGAAAUCGAUCGGCAAUGGCGUCGAGUUCCUCAAUCGCCACUUGUCUGCCAAGCUCUUCCAUGACAAGGAGAGUAUGCACCCUCUCCUCGAGUUCCUCAAGGUUCACUGCCACAAGGGAAAGAACAUGAUGCUGAACGACAGGGUUCAGAACUUCAAUUCGCUGCAAUACGUGCUGCGGAAGGCAGAGGAGUACCUGACCACGCUACCUGUCGAGACGCCUUACUCCGAAUUCGAGCACAAGUUCCAGGACAUGGGGCUGGAGAGAGGGUGGGGCGACACUGCGGCUCGUGCGCUCGAGAUGAUCCAGCUGUUGCUGGACCUCUUGGAGGCGCCCGAUCCUUGCACGCUCGAGACAUUCCUCAGCAGGAUCCCGAUGGUGUUCAAUGUCGUCAUCAUGUCGCCCCAUGGUUACUUCGCGCAGGACAAUGUGCUUGGUUACCCUGACACCGGCGGCCAGGUUGUGUACAUAUUGGAUCAAGUUCGCGCUUUGGAAGAGGAAAUGCUGAUGCGCAUCAAGCAGCAAGGCCUUGACAUUACCCCUAGGAUUCUCAUUAUCACUCGUCUCCUUCCUGAUGCGGUUGGAACCACUUGCGGGCAGCGGAUGGAGAGAGUGUAUGGAACCCAGUACUCCGAUAUUCUUCGAAUUCCAUUCAAGACCGAGAAGGGAAUCGUUCGCAAAUGGAUCUCUCGAUUCGAAGUGUGGCCUUACCUGGAGAAGUUCACUGAGGAUGUUGCUAUUGAAAUUGGCAAGGAGUUCCAAGGGAAACCCGAUCUCAUCAUCGGAAACUAUAGCGAUGGUAACAUCGUUGCCACAUUGCUAUCCCAUAAGCUGGGCGUCACUGAGUGUACAAUUGCUCACGCUCUGGAGAAAACUAAGUACCCAGAGUCAGAUAUCUACUGGAAGAAGAUGGACGAGAAGUACCACUUCUCGUGCCAGUUCACCGCGGAUCUUAUCGCCAUGAACCAUGCCGAUUUCAUCAUCACCAGCACAUACCAGGAGAUUGCUGGAAGCAAGGACACCGUGGGACAGUACGAAAGCCACACCUCGUUCACCCUGCCGGGGCUCUACCGUGUUGUUCACGGCAUCAACGUCUUCGACCCCAAAUUCAACAUAGUCUCCCCUGGAGCCGACAUGAGCAUCUACUUCUCCUACACCGAGGAGAAGCGCAGGCUCGAGCAUUUCCACCCCGAGAUCCAGGAACUCCUCUUCAGCGACGUCGAGAACAAAGAACACUUGGGAGUGCUCAAGGACAAGAACAAGCCGAUCAUCUUCACGAUGGCGAGGCUGGACAGGGUCAAGAACCUGACCGGGCUGGUGGAGUGGUACGGCAAGAACAGCAGGCUCCGCGAGCUGGUGAACCUCGUGAUCGUGGGGGGAGACAGGAGGAAGGAGUCCAAGGAUCUCGAAGAGCAGGCCGAGAUGAAGAAGAUGUACGGCUUGAUCGAAGAGCACAAGCUGCAGGGGCAGUUCAGGUGGAUCUCCUCCCAGAUGGACAGGGUCAGGAACGGCGAGCUGUAUCGUUGUAUCGCGGACACGAGAGGGGCGUUCGUGCAGCCCGCGCUGUACGAGGCGUUCGGGCUCACGGUCGUGGAAGCCAUGACCUGUGGGCUGCCUACAUUCGCCACAAACAACGGUGGGCCGGCUGAGAUCAUCGUCCAUGGCAAGUCGGGGUUCCACAUUGAUCCGUACCACGGGGAUCAGGCUGCUGAGCUGCUGGUUAACUUCUUCGAGAAGUGCAAGACCGAUUCGAACCACUGGGACGAGAUCUCGCUGGGCGGCCUCCAGCGAAUUCAAGAGAAGUAUACUUGGCAGAUAUACUCGCAGAGGCUGCUGACACUGACUGCAGUGUACGGGUUCUGGAAGCACGUUUCGAACUUGGAUCGACAGGAGAGUCGACGAUAUAUCGAGAUGUUCUACGCUCUGAAGUACCGUAAACUGGCUGAAGCUGUGCCUCUGACGGAGGAGUAAGGUGGGAAAUGGGGGAAAAAGGAGUGGUCUUUCAUUGUGUUGUGGUGAUGACUGGUGAUGACUGAUGAUGAGUGAACAAGAACAAUGGUGUCGUCACAGUGGUUGAACAAAAGCUCUUUGUUUCUUUGGGUAUUUGUAGUCUGUCGCUGUUUUCCCGCAUUUCUUGUUUAGGUUUGGUAUUGUCGCCUGUUUCAAGGUGCAGAGAGUGAGCCCAAUGAGAAAGUUGCAUUGAAGCUGAGUUUUUUCCAUUGCUUCCUAUUUCGAGUGCUUACAAUUAUGGCUUUCUGGUAGUAUUGUUAUGUUUGGUUGGGUUUGGCCAUUUUCUUUAUGAGUGGGAGAUGGGGUCCAAAAAUUUGUGGUGAUGGAGAAAAGCAUUGGAGACAGAGUGAAGAUCACUGAAGAACUUUCACGAGAAAUCAAUUAGUUUAAUUCAAGUCUGUUUAAGUGGUCUACUAAUCUGCUAAAGGACCC